AAUCGUUCAAUGAAAACGGCAGUCUCGUGUUGUGCAGCGAAAACGAAAGUUAAUAUUUAAUGCCUGUACAUAAAACUAUAAUUGGAAUUGCAAAUUCUAACGUAAAAUUUAAUUCCAAAUAAAAAAGUACGCAAAAUGUGCCUUCGAACAAAUACAAAAAAAAAAACAAAACAAACCACCAUAGGUCGCCCAUAAGUCAACCCCUCUAUGCAUGAUAAACAAACCCCUAAAUGGAUUUAGAAAAAUACUCACAGUGUGCUCUCGGCGCUCUAUCGCGACAAAUAGCGUCGUUAGUGAUGACUCUUUACAGGGAGGUACUCAAUCGCUUGACAACCCCAGCAAACACAUAGCCACCAGCGAAAGCAUUGUGAGCGCGUCCAAAUAGUACAUUCGUUCCUGUCGCAGCUGCUGAAUGUGCAUGCAGGGCCAAGUAGGCUACUAAACUCUGCCGGUGCUACUGCCGGUUGUGUGCUGAGGCUCGUUAGCGGCGGCCAACGCGAAUGCGGGCGUGAGCAAAAGCGAAUUGCCGAGUGAAUAGUGCACAUUAACGGUGUGCGCUUUUUGUUUUUAUUUUAAUCCCCAACUUUGCAUGCAGGGCCAAUGCGGUGCUAAACGCGAUCAUUCGUUCUUCUGUGACUAAGCAAGAGGAAUUGAUUAAUUUGUUGCCUUUUUUCGCUACAUUAUUUUCUAAACAAUAAUGCUAUUUGAGUUAAGUUGAAAUAUCGAUGAAGUGGAAAGUGGCAGCUAAAGUGAAUUCGAAUGAAAAUAUUUGUGUAUGCAAGAUUAAUAGGUGAUAGUGGUGGCUGAAAAUUAUGAAACGUGUGUGGCGUAUACACACAUACAUACAUCCAUAAAUAUGCAUGUAUAUAUUUUCAUAAAUUAUAUGCACUAGAAGUGUAGGAAAUGCAAUGAAACAGUCAACUGCAGAAACGUGUUAAAAAUAAGUGCGUUCGGAGUUUAUCGACAUACAUACAUACAUAUGUAUGUACAAAUCUACAUGUAUGUGUGAUAUGUAUGUAUGAAUGCAAAUAUUUCUAUAUAGUGAGUUGUAAAAAAAAUGCAAAUAAGCAAAUAUUGCGUGAGAAAAGUGCCAGUGGACUUUGAGUAUAACGCGCUCUUAACGGUACCGUGAAAGUGUUGUGAAGGUGAAUGAAAAGAUUUACUUAGCUUUCCAGGAAUUUAUAAAUAUUGCAGAUAAGAUAAUGUGAACGCUUGAAACAGUAUGUAGUCCACACAACCUAACCAAAGAGCCUACAAGUCGUUAUUUAUUAAGAAAUCGUCGUGAUACUUUUAGAAUAUAAGGGUACGCCGAAAAUAAGCCGUAUACAUAUAUUAUAGUUAAGGAAACACAUUUUUAAGUCAAACAAAUGACUGUCAACGGGCUGCUAGGACGCUCAGUGCUAACUGAUGGAUCUCGAUCGAAUCGACGCUCCUUGGUUUCCCUCAUCGUGGGCCUUGUCGUUGGUUUUUGUCUCGCUGAAAUGUUUAUACUAUCGACACCGGCACGCCACGACUAUCUGCCAUAUGCGGGUCAUCAGCAUGGCGAUGCCAACGAUGCACACAACAGCCACGACAUGCUUGGCGCGGAGGGGCCGGAAGCGGAUAUUGGCGCACACCAACAUGCAUAUGAAAAUUCAAGCAUAGCGAUGAAAAUGCACAAUGAGGUGCGUGUAUUAUGUUGGAUUAUGACAAACCCGAAGAAUCACAAAGCAAAAGCGCGUCAUGUAAAACGAACAUGGGGCAAACGCUGCAAUAAGCUGGUGUUUAUGAGCUCUGAGAAGGAUGAAGAAUUGGGUUCGGUGGCGUUGCCAGUGCAGGAGGGACGCAACAAUUUGUGGGCGAAAACAAAGGAGGCAUUCAAAUAUAUUCAUGCUCAUCAUUUGGACGAUGCGGAUUGGUUCUUCAAAGCAGACGAUGACACCUAUGCUGUUAUGGAAAAUAUGCGGUAUAUGCUGUAUCCUUACUCACCGGAGACACCCAUAUACUUUGGCUGCAAAUUCAAACCAUUUGUGAAACAGGGUUAUAUGUCCGGUGGCGCUGGCUACGUACUCAGUAAGGAGGCGGUUCGCCGAUUUGUCGAGAAAGCCAUACCGAAUAAGGAUUUCUGCAAACAGGACAACACCGGCGCUGAAGAUGCUGAAAUCGGCAAAUGCUUGGCGAAGGUAGACGUAAUCGCUGGCGAUUCACGUGACGAACACGCGCGUGGCCGUUUCUUCCCAUUUGUGCCAGAGCAUCAUUUAAUACCAUCACAUACGAAUAAAGAUUUCUGGUACUGGCGUUAUAUCUACUACAAAACUGAUGAGGGUUUAGAUUGCUGUUCUGAUAGGGCGAUAUCCUUCCAUUACGUAUCGCCAAAUCAAAUGUACGUUUUGGACUAUUUGAUCUAUCAUUUACGACCGUACGGUAUUAUCAACACGCCCGAAUCGCUGCCCGAACGUCUGAAAGUGGGCGAGACGAUGCCUCCGCCAGUGGAGCAGACAACCGCCGCUAUUGAAGCUGAGAAGGCGAGCGAGGCCACAACAUGAGCGAGCGUUUAGUUAGGUAUUGGUAUAUAAAUAUGGAAGGAAUAUGUAUAUUUACAGUUAUGUUGACAGCUUUGUAAAUAUUGGUUUCCCCUCUGUGUUUACUAAUUCAAGUAUCUACGUAAGUACGUAUUUGCCAUAGCCAAUAGCUGCUACAUUAAUAUUUUUUGCCAAAAACAUAUGCGUUGCUAUGCGUUCGAUCUGUACAAAGGAAAGAACUCUCAAAAGAAUUCCAAGUUGUAUUAUUUAGGUAGAUUUGCGAUAAAAUUAAGUCUGUAUAAGUAAAAUAGUUUUAUUAUUAUUAAUUUUUAUAAGAAUAUACUAUACUAUUUUAUAAAAUAUUUAUAAACAAUGGCUUUAUAAAAUAUGCAUUUCAUAAUAGUACUGAAAAUAUUGUAGUUAAAACAUAAAUAUUUAAAUAAGAAAUAUGCGGGUUGAAUAGAGAAAUCUUAAACCUUAAGAAAAGGUUGGCAAAAAUGUUUAAGUUUAAUUUUAAGUUUACAUAUUUGAAUUGCAUUUCCAAAUACGUCAAGUGUUUUAGAAAACAUAUGCUCAGACCAUGAUUAAAACAGAAGUGUUAAAUUGAAAAAAAGUGUAUAUAAUUUCAGUUGAUAUACAUACAUACAUAUGUAUAUCUGAAAGGAAUUUUCGCUAGAAAAUAAACAGAAAGCUCAAAAUACAAAAAAGGCAAACAAAUACAUAUAUUAAUAUUAAAAUAGAAAUACAUCUCUGAACUGUAGGGCAAAAAACCAAAGAAUGUAUGUAUGUAUCAUUAAAAAGAAUACGUAUUAGAAACAACUAAAUGUAAAAUACUACUUAGCGCCCACAAAAAAAAAAAAA